UGCAGGACUUACUGACCCUCUCUGGACUCUCAGUGCUCCUUCUACCUACCAGCCAUGAGGACUCUCUGCUCUGUGCUGCUGAUAUGCUGCCUCCUUUUCUCAUCUACCACCCCAGCUCUUGGAAAUUUUUACCAACUUAUAAGACAAAAACAACGUCAAUGGUGCCUCAACCAUCAAGCAUACUGUCUCGUUCCCAUGUGUCCUCCUAAUACCAUGCAUUUGGGUGGCUGUGAAGACGAUUUGCACUGCUGCAAGGACAUGAAAUGAUUGGAAGGAAGUCAAGUGACAGAUGUGUAACCGAUGUUUUAAUAAAGAAAACAAUUUUUAA